GCUCACGGUUCUCCGUCUCAGCGGCCGCUCGCCCAACGCUCGGCGAGACCGGCCGCAGUUCACGCCCUGACGUGAUUGACGAGGCGGCGGGGCGGGCUGCGCUUCGCUUCGCUUCGCUCGGGAGGGGAGCAAGAGGCGUGUUGGGGCCACUGGCUCCACCCCGUCCCCCCAGCCCGGUGUGAUAGAUAGGCGGAGAGUGGGCGCCGACACUGGCAGUCUCUGCUCUCACGCUUCGGUGUGUUGGCCCCGUCAGCCGGUGUUGUUGCCGGCCGCCUCUGUUGGGGGAGCGGGCUAUGAGGAUGUAGCUCGGCUCUUUAUGCUGCUCCACACACGUUGCCGAUCGGAAUUUGUACUCUUUAUUUUUCGCCAGCCCCUGCCCCCUCCCCUCUCCCCUCUCUUUUGUAUUAUGGGGAAAGAGCAGGAACUUCUGGAAGCCGCUCGGAUUGGGAAUGUAGCUGUGGUGGAAAAAUUGCUAAGUGGCAAAAAGGGAUUAUUGGGAAGUGGAUCGAGUUCCAUUCCACUCUCCAGCUUACUGAGGAAGCGGUUUCUGCAUUCCAAACUGUCACCCACAAGCAUUUGGCGUGGACCCAAUGCCAACUGUACGGACACCUCUGGUUACACAGCCUUACAUCAUGCUGCUUUGAAUGGACACAAGGAUGUGGUGCUGAAGCUCCUUCAGUAUGACGCCUCCACCAACAUUGCAGAUAACAAGGGCUGCUUUCCUCUUCACUUGGCUGCUUGGAAGGGAGACAUGGAUAUUGUAAAAAUCCUAAUCCAUCAUGGGCCUUCCCAUUCGCGAGUGAACGAGCAGAACAAUGAGAAUGAAACAGCACUGCACUGUGCAGCACAGUAUGGACACUCAGAAGUGGUGGCUGUUCUCUUGGAAGAAUUGACUGAUCCCACUAUAAGGAACAAUAAGUUUGAAACGCCCCUUGACUUGGCCGCACUCUAUGGUCGUCUGCAGGCAGUCAAGAUGUUAAUAAAUGCACAUCCAAAUCUGAUGAGCUGCAAUAGCAAUAAACAUACUUCUCUUCAUCUUGCUGCCCGCAAUGGGCACAAGUUUGUGGUCCAUGUCUUGCUUGAUGCAGGAAUGGAUGUGAAUUGCCAGACUGAAAAGGGUAGUGCUCUUCAUGAAGCUGCCUUGUUCGGCAAGAUGGAUGUUGUCCGAAUUCUGCUAGAAGCAGGAAUUGACGCAGGUAUUAAAGACAUAGAAGAUUGGACUGCGUUAGAUAUUCUGAAGGACCAUCCAUCACAGAAAUCACAACAAAUCACAGCUCUUAUACAAGAUUACAUUGUGCAAAAGAUGGAUCUAAAAGGGGCAGAAGAACCAGGGAAGCAGUGCCCAGUUCCCACUCCUCAGUCUUCCAUUUCAUCACCAACGGCCUCGCCUUCCCUCAAGGUCAAAGGUGGAUCACUACCCAAGGAGCUAUCGCAGCUUUUGCUGGAAAUCAGAGAGAGCCAGGAUAAAGAUUUUGAUGACUUGUGCCAAGCAAUCUCUUCGUGUUCAAUUGACAGUUUUACCAGUGUGAAGAUUUCUGAUGAUGAUGCUGCAAAGUGUGAAACCCAACCUAAACAUUCCAAGCCACGGGAUCAGCCAUCUCCUCCAAGAGGGACACCACAGACCGACGAGGACGAAGGAGAGAAGAGCUGUGGACCAGCAAGACUGUGGGAAGCAUUCACUCCAUGCAAUGGCUGUCGACCACUUGGCUUUCCGAUUUUAACACAGGACUCAGAAACGAGGAAAGAUGACCAAAGUCUGGAUAUCAGGCUGUCUCCAUCGUUGGACAGUUUCCCUCCAGAAGAGGAGGACAAUCCUUAUGAAUUCCUGACCACCGCUGUCACAAAGAAACCACGUUCCCUGGAAAUAUCCAGGGUGUCUUCAGGAAUAACAGAAAUUGCACCUCAAGUAACUAUCACUGCACCAGGGGCUAAUCACCAGAGGAAAAGUACAGGCCCCACCCCAGAUUGUUCACCUCCAUCCCCGGAUACAGCACUGAAGAACAUUGAGAAAGUUAUCCGACCCCAGCCUAAACAAAGAACUUCACUAAUUUCCUCACAAGAGGUGUACAGACCAAGUCACGUUUAUGAUCAGUCAGAAGUCAGUUCAUCUGCAGGCUAUGCCAGCGUUAACACCACACCUCCCAUUAGCCCUGCCAACUACUCUAUUGGAUCGAUGGAGGGCAGUGAUAUAAUAGAGGAGAAUCUUUACCAACGGGAAGCCUCUGCGGAAGAAGAACUCCACGAUGGACACAUCCCUAAACAAUUUGUAGGUUUAUUACAUGGUUCUUCCCCAGCUUGUGAAUCUCCAGAGAAUCCUUAUCAUCUGUACUCUAAAACGCAGAGGGAGUUCACCAGUGACAACACCUUGAGAAUCAAAGAAUCAGCCCAGGAGCCAGAUUUAAUUAAAACAGAUUCACUGCAAUGUACAGAUGAAACAAACGAGGCACAAGUGCUGCACGAUGACGGUGAUGCAUCAAUAUUAGACAACGAAGGCAAACCUCAAGUUGUCUAUAAGACAAUUUUCCAUACAAAAGUGAACCAGAGUGACAGUGACACUUUUGUCAGCACCAGAACUUUUCGGAAAGACGAUCCCUGGAUAAGCAACAUUGGAGAGAAGCUGGGCUUUGAAGAUAGAGCAUGCACUUUAGGACGGGUAAGAUCAGGAACAAAGACUAUUCUUGAACUACAGUUAGCCAGAAACAUUUCAAAGUCGGACUCCAAUCUUAUUACUUGCUCACCUAUUGAAGAAGAAACGAGAAACACACGCUGUGAGUCUGUGUCAAACUACUUUAAGGAAACCAAACAAUGCACCGGAAAAUGUUUGGAAAGAACACCUUCCUUCACAGCUGAAUGGGAAGAGAUUGAUAAAAUCAUGAGCUCCAUUGGUGCUGGAAUCAAUACUGGUCUAAAAGGAAAUCAAAUUGAUGCUUCAGGACCCAGAGUUGUAUUUCAGACUGUGGGACGGUGGCUGGAGAGCAUAGGACUACCCCAGUAUGAGAACCACCUGCUGGCCAAUGGAUUUGACAACAUCCAGUUCAUGGGAAGUAAUGUUGUGGAAGACCAGGAUUUGUUGGAGAUAGGCAUCCUUAACUCUUCGCACAGACAACGGAUUUUGCAGGCUGUUCGUGGACUUCCUCGAGUGAAAAUUAUUGGAUAUGAUACAAACAGUCCAACAUCUGUGGCAGAUUGGUUAGAUUCUUUAGAAUUGAAUGAUUACAUCAAGACCUUUCUCGCAAAUGGUUAUACAUCAAUGGAUCUUGUGAAAAAGCUGUGGGAAAUUGAACUCAUCAAUCUAUUGAAAAUCAACCUCCUGGGUCACAGAAAACGAAUCUUAGCAUCACUUGGAGACAGACUUCAUGACGAGCCUCCUCAGAAGCCUCCACGAACCAUUACACUGAGGGUCAGUUGUCCUGAGUCCCGCAAUGCCAUCUUGCAAGAUGAUGUAUAUAUCGUAUCUUGGAUGGACCCUGGGAACAACACUCCUCCUCAACUUUCCCCACCCCUUAGCCAAAGCACUUACACUGGUGGCUCUCUUGAUAUCCCCUCUUCCCAUUUAAUGAUGCAAGGGGACGCAAGAAGGCGAAUCAAUGACAGCUACUUUGAGGAUAUGCCUAGGUCAAAACUGGAAAGACAAAUGGCUCAGCAGGCAGAAUGGAGUGAGCCUUCCAUCACCCUUCGGCCUCCAAAUGAAGCCACAUCAUCAACGCCGGUGCAGUACUGGCAGCAUCAUCCUGAGAAGCUGAUCUUUCAGUCCUGUGACUAUGAGGCAUAUUACUUAGGUUCAAUGUUGGUGAAGGAAUUACGAGGAACAGAAUCAACACAAGACGCAUGUUCUAAGAUGAGGGCUUCAGAACAAAUGAAAAAGAUUCCAACAAUCAUACUUUCAAUUUCGUACAAAGGGGUAAAAUUCAUCGAUGCGACAAAUAAGAAUAUCAUCACAGAGCAUGAAAUAAGGAAUAUUUCUUGUGCUGCUCAGGACCCUGAAGAUCUUUCCACCUUUGCCUACAUCACUAAAGACUUAAAGUCAACUCACCACUAUUGUCAUGUAUUCAGCGCUUUUGAUGUGAAUUUAGCCUAUGAGAUCAUCUUAACACUGGGACAAGCCUUUGAAGUGGCUUAUCAGUUGGCCCUGCAAGCCAGGAAAGGUGCCCAUGGCCCGCCGACAAUGCAAGAUAGCCUUGAAAGCAAAGCUGGCAAACCCAUUCCAAAACCACGAGCAAGUAUCCGGAAAUCUGUGGUGAAACAUCCAAAUAACCGAUGGUCCUUAGAUCAUAUUUACACCCCUCACAGACCUCCCCAUCCUCCUCCUCCUCCUCCUCCUCCUCCUCCUCUUCCUUCCAAGUUUCAUCAUUCUCUGCCGCACAAGUUUCAGGUUUUGUUUUUCUUUGUGUGCUUUGCCUUGACGGCCCCUCCUGAGUUUCUCCUCGACUGGCACAGUUCGUUAUUAACUGUACAAGGCUAAAAUUCUUCUUGGCUGAUUCUUUAUUAUUACACUUUUUAAGUAGUGUUCUGUGAUUUAUUUCACAUGAAUCUAAUGGAAAGGAAGCCAGAUUCUGUAUAAGGCUGUAAUGGGCUCACAUUGAGGAACAGCGGUCUGAUCAAUAAUGUGGAGAACUAUUUCUAAACCUGAACAUUGCUCAAUCUCUCCUUCCACUACACACCUCAAUAUUAAUUUAAACUUAAAUUGGCUUUUGAGUGAGCAUGCUGUAUUUCAUUACAGAGCCUCAGUGUUCAAUUAUUUGUAAAAUGAUCAUGAUGAAAUAAUUACAUGGAUUAAAAUAGAAAAUUAAGCAGAGGCCCAUAGGUUUUUUUUAAUGGAAUUACAUCACUGCAUGACAUGUUUCUGCAUUUUCAUGAAAGCUGACUUGAAAUUCCUCUAUUAUAUACAUUCUAAUGAGAUACAAGCCUGAAUUGAAUGUGGGAUUUGAAUUUGCAGGUGUUCUGAUGUCCAUUUAAUUCUAAUGGAAGCAUUAUUCUAACUUUUUUAAUUAUACCACAACCUCAAUAUUCUGAUUUUCAGAGGCUUUUAUUAAGAAAUGAAAAAUAAAGAUCUAGCUGUUGGGGCCAUGUUGAAUUUUAGCCUAGACAGUUUUCAUUGUACCACAUUAACACCAGAAAACCUUGACUUCAUUACAGACUGACCUUUUUUGUGAAGAGUGCAGUGUGAAAGCAUGUGAGACUUGUAUUUCUUUGCGUUAUUACCCAUUUGGCAUCUUAGUUACCUUCACACAGCCAAUCUGUUUGCACUGCAUUUGAUUCUUAAGGACCCAUCUUUUGGUCCUAAACCUUUAAUAUUAUAACCACUAUUCAGUUAUGUGAGAAUAAUGACUUUGUGAAAAGGAAUGUUUGAUAUACCAAAAAAGUACAGUGCUUCUGCAGGGAACACAGAUUCAUUAAUAUUUGGAUUCUAGUAGAAUUUUGAGCUGUUAAAUUGUUCAGAGCCAGAUGGUAACACGCACUUCCAUACUUCAAAAUUGUACUAAACCACGUGUAACUUUUCUAACCAUUGGUAGCACUCUACUAAUCUUUUUAUUUUUAUCUUCCGUAGUCUAAACCAUUCAGUUAUUAAAUGACAUCUUUGGCUUGGGCCUUACUAACACAGUAGUAGAAAUGUCUGCUUUGGGCAUUUUACAAACAUGUUUGCAUUACAGCCACUUGAGAAUUUGUUUCUAAAUUGCCUUAUCUGAGAUUAAUGAGUAAAAUAGUUCCAGGCAUGUGUGUAUCCAGUGCUGUGGGUGUCAAUCUUUUUCAAUUUGCCAAAUGCUAUUCUAUUGAUUACCGGUAUAUAAAAGUGAUGGCUUGAGUAUAUUCUUCAAGUCACUGGGUAGCAUUUGUUUUAUUGUAAAUAGGCUUGUUUUAUAAACGGGUUAUCUGGUACAUCAAAUAUCUAUUUGAUUCCUCAUUCAGGGAAUCUGUUUGAUGCACUAUUUUUGAUUCCUGUAUUUUGGUCACGCUAGUCUAAAAGAUUUCCUUAAACUCCAUGUUGCACCUUCCAGGUUUUCAGAUUUUUUAAAAGCAAACAAUGAAAUUGUCAGCAAGAUGAUGGGUGUUUAAAGGGCCUGUCCCUUUAAGUGGGACAGGCCCUUUAGUAAUCUGUUAAGUAAAUAAUUGAAUAUAUAAUGGAACAGCAAACCCACUCUUGAGUUUUGCUCAUUACUAUAAUUAAUGUACUUUGAUUCCACGCAGACUUCACGGAAGGUGCUUCAAUAUGUUUUACUCAGGUUAUAGAUAAAAUGCCUUAACAUACAAGUUGCACAAUAGUUUAUUAGUGUUUUUUAAUGAUGUAUUGUUUACGCACAAUAACAAUGAAUUGUGCUGUGGUGAGAUUUCCCCUUUAACAGUUUUAAUCGCACCGU